UGCCGCGGCCCCGCGGGGCGCAGCGCGGUCCGGGUCGUGGCUGCGGCAGGAUGGCCCGCCUGCUGCGCGCUUUGCGCAGUUCACAGCCCGUGGCGCGCUUCCAGCGCUGCUGCGGGCUCUUCCCCGCCGCCGAGGAGGGCGGCAGCGGCGGCGACCCCGCGGAGGGGGCACGGGAACGCGGCGUCUGUAACGGCGCGGGCGCGCCGAGCCGCCCGGCAGCCGCUGGCCGCGGCCCUCCCAGCAGGGUGCGGAGCGGCCCGCAGGCUUGCAGACAGAAGUAUGUUGUGAAGAACUACUUCUACUACUACCUGUUCAAGUUUUCAGCUGCUUUGGGUGAAGAGAUUUUUUAUAUCACUUUCCUUCCAUUUACUUACUGGAACAUAGAUCACUCUGUGUCUAGAAGGAUGAUAAUUAUUUGGUCGAUUGUGAUGUACAUAGGCCAAGUCUCCAAGGACAUCCUGAAGUGGCCUCGGCCCCUCUCGCCCCCUGUUGUCAAGCUGGAAAUGAGGACGGACGCGGAGUAUGGGAUGCCUUCCACCCAUGCCAUGGCAGCUACCGCCAUCUCCUUCUCCUUUCUUAUUGCAACCAUGAACCAGUACAAGUAUCCAUUCGAACUAGGUCUGGUAGCAGCGUUUGUGUUCUCGACGCUGGUGUGUCUCAGCAGGCUCUACACAGGGAUGCACACAGUCCUGGACGUGAUUGGUGGAGCACUGAUUUCGGCUGUGCUGCUUGUGCUUUUGUAUCCUGCGUGGGACAUGAUAGAUCACUUGCUAUUAACUAGUCCCUUCUGUCCACUGCUUUGCAUAGUUGUGCCUCUUGUCUUAUGUUACAACUACCCCAAACUAGACUAUUACAGCCCUACCAGGGGAGACACCACUACUAUUUUAGGAGCUGGAGCUGGAGCAACAGUGGGAUUUUGGUUAAACAACCAGUAUGCUGCACCAGCCUACACCAGCAGGAAUUUUCAGCUUGGAUUUCCUCUGAUCACUGGUAAAAUAGUGAUGGUCAUGCUAGCCAGGUUCUUCGUAGGGAUCUUUGUUGUUCUAUUGACACGACAGCUCAUGAAGAGCGUGGUUCUUGGCAUGCUGGGUUAUCGAUACAAGUUUCCCAUUGGCGACCUGGAAGCACGGAGGCGACUGGAAGUCGAAGUCCCCUAUAAAUUUAUAACGUACUCCUCAGUUGGCUUCAGUGCGACUGUGAUUGUGCCACUGCUGCACAAGCAGUUAGGAUUGAUGUGAGUGCAGCACCUUCCUUACCAAGUAAUGUAUGGCACCACCAUUUCAGAGAUGUGAUGAGUCUGUUGAGGCUGGUAACUUGACCAAAAAGUGUUUUAUUCCUUUCUGCACUGGUGUGGUGGUUGACCCUGGCCCACCAGAGCUGCAAUAUCACCCCCCUCCUCAGCUCAACAGGGGAGAGAAAACAUAAUGAAAGGCUUGUGGGCCAAAAUAAGGACAGGGAGAGAUCACUCAGCAGUUACCAUCAUGGGCAAAACAGACUCAACUUGAGAAAAAAAUUAAUUUAUUACCAAUCAAAUCAGAGUAGGAUAAGGAAAAAUAAAACCAAGUCUUAAAAA